AUGCGGUUAACAACGGCUUUCGCGUAUUUGCCUCGAAAAAUUGAUUUGAAUUCGACAACCGAAUUUGAUUUUUUUUCAUUUCCUAGUUUCACUUUUCUGGUUGCGAAUACACAUAUUUGCCGCUAAGAUACCAAACCACCUGCUCCACCUGGCGCGCCACCAGCAGCAGUACCACCACCACCGGCUCCGGCCGUGCUUCCUCCACUGGAUGAGCAGAAGACGCAAUCGGCAAAAUCGGGGAAAGAGGAUAAGGAACCCAAGAAAGAGGAAACUGCUAAGGAAGGCGAAGAAAAGAAGAAAGAAGGCUCAAAGAAGGAAGGGUCGAAGAAGGAGGAGCCGAAAAAAGAAGGCUCAAAGGAGAAGGAAAGUUCAAAGAAGGAAGGCUCGAAAGAGAAGGAGGGGUCCAAGAAGGAGGGGUCCAAGAAAGAGGGGUCUAAGAAGGAAGGGUCCAAAAAGGAGGGUUCAAAGAAGGAGGGGUCCAAGAAGGAAGGGUCCAAGAAAGAAGAGAAAAAGGAUGGUUCGAAGAAGGAAAUUGCAAAGACGCAGCAAAGUGAGCAAAAGGGGGCCGAGGCGAAAGAGGAGAAGAAGGAGGGAGAGGAGAAGAAGGAGGAAAAGAAGGAGGGCGGGGAGAAAAAAGAGGAAAAGAAGUCGGAAAAAGAAAAGGAAAAGAAAUCUGAAAAGGAAAAGAAGUCGGAAAAGGAAAAGAAAUCGGAAAAGGAAAAGAAGUCGGAAAAGGAGAAAAAAGAGGAGAAGAAGGAAGGGGAGAAAAAGGAAGAAAAGAAGGAGGGGGAGGAGAAAAAGGAGGAGAAGAAGGCUUCGGAAAAGGAAAAGAAAGAGGAGAAGAAAGAAGAGGAGAAAAAGGAGGAGAAGAAGGAAGGGGAGAAGAAGGAAGGGGAGGAAAAGAAGUCGGAAAAGGAGAAAAAAGAGGAGGAAAAGAAGGAGGAGGGGGAAAAGAAGGAGGAGAAGGAGGCUGAUACGGACAAAAAAGAUGAGGGCGAAGGUGAAAGUUAAAAAAGGAGUGAGAAGCUGUGGCCAAGAGCCAGAGGGGACUGGGUGUAAUGGCUGGAAGAAGGGAAUCCAGCGAAAACGAGCACACUGUACUGAUUUAAUAGCCGUUGCAAACAUCCCUCUUAUUAUUAUUCUUGAAAAAAUGAAACGGGUACUGAAGCUAGCAAUUAUCCAAUGCAUCCCCACCCAUGCAUAUGCUUGA